AUGUACGACUCAUACCGACCACACCCGCUCCUCGCCCAGGUCCCACUGACCGUCUCGCCCUUUAUCAACCUCCCCACCUCCGUCACACUACCCUACACAUACAAAUCCGUCUCCUCGACGUUACCACCGUCAGUGACAAUUGAUCCAAGCAAUCCGGACAGUAAAGCUCGCUAUGUCGUCUCAUCAAGUGGUGGGCAUGCAGCUCACCCAGACGACAUUCUCGCCGCCUGUCACUCCCUCGAACAACAUUUGAACAAGACUCGCGCGGACGCCGACCAAGCAAUAAAUUCCUGGAAAGAAUCGAUUAAACAACGCGAACUAGCUGAAAAGAGACGCGUAGCUCCUGGGUGGCUAGACCGUGAGGAAAAGCUGCUUCAACCUAGUCGGACGAGCCUCUCCCCUGGCGCACCGGGCGAGGCCUCUCCAAGUCUGCUGGACAGUUCUUCCCCCGACCAGGGGGCUUCACAAAUGCCGACCAUGGAGCCUCAUGACGAGGGGAGGGAGUUGGAUAGAGCGUUUGGAGGUUUAGGGCUGAAAUGA